AUGCCUUCGAUCCGCCUGCGUGUUGACAGCACCUACCGUAGACUCUAUGAUCAACGCAGCCACCACUCCCACAGCUCCCUCCCCAGCAUCACCACCGUACUGCCUACCGGCAUCCUUCAAGAGUCUCCCACGCCGCGUCCGUCCUUGACGCAGCCCACUGACUACGCGCCGCCCGAGUUUCCCGUCGUCGAGCAGAUGCCGUUCAAGCCAAACUACAGGGCCUUCAUGGCCUGGAACAUGGCCGAUACCACACUGGUCCUGCUGGUUGUCGCCCUUGGCGUCAUCCUGGGCGUCUUCUACCCCGCCCAUGCUCGCGGCUUCGAUGACAAUGGCCCAGACGCUCCGCCGCGCUGGGAAGACGACCUGACUCCCGAGGUCGCCGCCGCCAUGGAGCGCGAUGCGGCUGAGCGCGCCGCUCGCAACCAACGACUCACCGAGGAAGGCUACGAGACUGACCGCGAGGACAAUUGA